AUGAAAUCCGGAACAGAUGUGCUUAUACGGCGUACGGCAAAUCCAUUACGUGAUCGAAUGUGUCGAACAGAAAAUUCGCUAGAAGUAUGGAUUUUGGAAGCAAAAGGUGUUCCGGUUAAACGGAAAUACUACUGCGAGAUAUGUCUCGAUAAGACAUUAUACGCCCGAACAUCGGCUAAACCACGUGGUGAUAUUUGUUUCUGGGGCGAGCACUUCUAUUUCAGUCCAAUACCAAAACUGGAAAAUGUUUGCAUCAAUUUAUAUCGUGAAGCGGAUGCAAAAAAGAAGAAAGAUCGUUCAACAUUAAUUGGAUAUGUUCAAAUCAAAAUUGAUCAACUAUCUACACGACAUCCUGUAGAACGAUGCCCUGUUGUGAUAACAAUAUUUUCUGUGUAG